AGUUCGCAUCCGGUUCGUGCGUCGACUGAGAUACAAAAAGGAGAAAGCGAAAAAUCUUACCAGGAGCCGAAAGACGGAGAAAUGAAAUAAUUUUUUAGUUAUUCUUUUUACGUAUUCGUUUAUAUGUUGUUCAAAUCAUGAAUUUAAGCCACUGAUGUUUUUAUAAUAGUAUUCGCAGAGCAAUUUUAAAUAGUUGGAUCCAUUUUAUUUAUCGGGAUUAAGUGCAGUUUUAAUUAGGAUUGAAUGUACUCAGGUCUCGCUUUAGCGCAUGUGUUAAAGAUCGUCUGCGCGUAAGUGUGUUUAUAUUUUAUCGGUAGCGGUAACUGUGUGUUUGUGGGGUUGGUGAUGGCCACAUCGGCCCUGUACGCCUGCACCAAGUGUAACCAGCGGUUCCCGUUUGAGGAGUUGUCGCAGGGCCAGCAGCUCUGCAAGGAGUGUCGGAUCGCACACCCUAUAGUGAAAUGCACCUACUGCAGGUCAGAGUUUCAGCAGGAGAGCAAAACCAACACUAUCUGUAAGAAAUGUGCACAGAAUGUUAAACUUUUCGGGACGCCGAAGCCAUGUCAGUACUGUAACAUUAUUGCUGCAUUCAUUGGGACCAAAUGUCAGCGCUGCACCAACUCUGAGAAGAAGUACGGCCCUCCACAGACCUGCGAACAGUGCAAGCAGCAGUGUGCCUUCGACAGGAAGGACGAGGGAAGGAGAAAGAAGAAAGAAACUCCUACAGUUUUGGAACAACUUGAGGGUGGAUGGGAAGCUCUUGUGUUGGCUCUGCACACUCUCAUAUCGCCGUGUUCUACAAAAAACGAAAGAGCAGCGGAAAGGCCUUGGCUCUUCCCACUCUAACUCCUCUUCCCUCAGUGAGAAAGAACAUCAGAGACACCACCAUCAUCAUCAUCAUCAGCACCACAGACAUGGAAGUUCGCAUCACAAAAUAAGUGGUAAUUUAAGUCCAGAGCAGGAUCAGGGACUGUGGAAGCAGAGCAUUCAAAAGGAAACGCCAAAGAAAAAACCCAAACUAGAGACAAAGCCAUCCAAUGGAGACAGUAGUUCAAUCACUCAGUCGAUGGAUUCUGGAGGCACGGAUAACUUCAUCCUGAUCAGUCAACUGAAAGAGGAAGUGAUGUCAUUGAAGCGCAUGCUCCAGCAGAGAGACCAGACCAUCCUUGAGAAAGACAGGAAGCUGACGGAGCUGAAGGCAGACUUUCAGUAUCAGGAGUCAAAUAUGCGGGUGAAGAUGAACAACAUGGAGAAAGCGCACAAAGAGGCCAUGGAACAGCAACAGACAAAGAACAGAGAAUUGAUGAAACAAGUUGCUGCACUCUCAAAAGGCAAGAAGUUUGACCGCAGCAGCAGCUCACUGCUGUUACCAUAGCAAUGACCUCACGCCAUAACAAUGACCCCUUGCCCCGUUGUGUCAUUACUGUGAGGAAGCUUCACCCUCUAUUGCUCACAGAUUCUCUGUGUUGUGUUUUAUUAUUCUGACGAUGUCACAUAUGCAAAAAUGUCAAAUUAUUAUUAUAAUUGUUUUAUUUCCUUUGGCUAUUCUCAGCGGUUUUAGUAAUCACAUGCAUUUACAAAACGGGAAUAACUGUAUAGAGCCAUUACAGGAGCCCUGGCUGAACCCAGCCUCAGAUCUCAUAUGCAAAACAUUUCAGAACUUCUGAAAAAAGACUGAAAGGAAGCAAAAGAGCUGCCAACAAAUAUGUAUGGAAAUGUUAUGAAUUGAACGUGUCAGAUAUGCUGAACGGUUUUUAUAGAUGCUAAAUUCAUCUUUCUCUCUCUCUCUCGCUCUCUCUCACACUCAUGGAAAGACUGUAUCACUGCAUGUCUUACUGCCUGGUCAAGUGUGUGGUUUUGUAUAUUAACUGAUUUCUCUGUUUUGUUUGGCUUUGUAUUAGUGAUAAUCCAGAGGUGAAUUUCGCAGGCCUGUAUGAGACACUGCUGUUUUAGUGAGUGAGGGCUCUCUUACGUCUCCCCACCCCACCAUGCAUUCUCGUAUUUUUACUGUCAGACACUUUUGUACUUUUUGGUUUCUUCAACACGGACGUUUCAGGAAUAUUAAAGCUAGUAAAAACCUCA